AUGACUCCUGCCGUAAAAUAUGGGCAAAUCAUCGAGUAUAUCCCAGCAUCCUACACCACCCCGCCGACGCCCGACACCCUCUUUCCAUACCCCGAUCAACAACCUACUCGCCGGUCUCCCACCAAGCGCUCUGCGAGAGCUGCGGAUGGCCCAGCGGUGGUGUCGGAGAGGGAUCGCAACCCGCCGUACUACUUCUCUAUUGACGAUACCUUGCUAUACAAUGCUUUCCACCAUGAUUUUGGGCCAUUGCACAUCGGACACUUGUACCGCUUCGCUGUACAAUUCCAUGAUAUCCUCGGGGCGCCGGAAAACAAGAACAGGCCUGUGGUUUUUUGGAGCAAGGCCGAUGCGCGGAGUCGCGCCAACGCAGCAUGUCUCCUCGCAAGCUAUAUGGUUCUCAUCCAAUCAUGGGCACCCCAUCUUGCUCUUGCGCCAAUCGCGCAGGCCGACCCACCCCUCAUGCCUUUCCGUGAUGCGGGAUAUAGUCAAGCGGACUAUGGAAUCACCGUCCAGGAUGUCGUCUAUGGCGUCUGGCGCGCCAAAGAACAGGGCUUCUGCGCUCUGCCACAAUUCGACCUCGAGGAAUAUGAGAGAUAUGAACGCGUGGACCAGGGAGAUUUCAAUUGGUUGACUCCGGAUUUUCUGGCAUUUGCGUCACCUCAGCAUUCUCCCGUUGCUCCAAUCCCACCCUCAUCCCCUCUGUACGCCGCGUUGCCUUCCACACUGGCUGCCGUCGAUGCUCACCCCACACUCCCGACACCCUUCAAGAACGUUCUGAAGCACUUCGCACAGCGGAAUAUCGGUCUUGUGGUUCGUCUGAAUUCCGAACUGUAUUGCCCAUCAUAUUUCACCGCCCUAGGCAUAGAGCAUCUCGAUAUGAUCUUCGAUGAUGGCACAUGUCCUGCGCUCCAUGUUGUUCGCAAAUUCAUUACUAUAGCGCACGAGAUGAUUACAGUGAAGAAGAGAGCGAUCGCGGUCCACUGCAAGGCCGGACUUGGCCGCACUGGUUGUCUUAUUGGAGCAUACCUAAUAUAUCGUUAUGGGUUCACGGCUAAUGAAAUCAUUGCCUACAUGCGCUUUAUGCGGCCCGGGAUGGUCGUUGGGCCUCAACAGCAUUGGCUUCAUCUCAACCAGGGGGUAUUUAGAGAGUGGUGGCUGGAGGAGCAGUUCGAGAAGAGGAUGAAGGAGAAGCUGGCGAGCAUGCAACCCAGCACACCUACCAGAGUCUCCCACAAGCCUUAUCUGGUCAACAACGGCCAAGUAGCCACUCCUCCAAACGGCAGUCACAGCAGACGGUCCCCACUCGGAGAAGUCGAUAACGAGCAGCGCACCACUAUUGGUGUACAAGAGGACUGCUUACCAGCUCCAACCCCAGGCCAGCCACGAAAGACGAGCAGGGCCGCUGACCGCCACCAUCCUUAUGGACGUAGCAUCUCCAGCUAUAGCACCAGUGAAGAGGAGCAGAUAAUGCAACAUGAAACAGAGAUGAUCACCAUCCAUCGGUCAUCCUUUGAUGAUCCAGAAGGCGAAGAGGAAGUGCGACAGAGAAUGCGGACUCGCAAAACAGCCUCCCGUUCCCCAGCGCGAAGCGAGAAACGGUCUACGAGCCAAACGACCACUGUCUAUACAUCUUUUGACAAUGACAGUAGCAACGACAUUGAAAAUAUAAGUGCAACUCCCCGUCCCAAGACCCCCGGCGCCAUGAAAUCUGGGAGUGGAUCCAGCACGCUCGGCAAGGUCCGCAGCAACUCAAAGCGCGGUGGAGAGGGCUUGCGGAGCAAAGAAACGGCAGGUGUCCGGAAGACAAGUGGGCGGGUUGGGAGCAUCAGUCUCUCUUCUUCCCGCAAGAUCUCGGGGGUGUAG